AUGGCAAAGAAAGCAAUUACGGAAGCCACGGCGGAGAGGCCCUUGGUGCUUAAUCUCCUAACUCUUUCACGCUUCGACAAAUACAACCCGACAUUUACAACUUUUGCAGGAGCAUGGUCUGCAUUGUUGGCUGGAGCCGGGGAGACACGCCAAGAGCAUUUGGCUUUCUCUCCUCUGUUUAUACUCCGCCAAACACUGUUCUGCGUUCUUGCUGCCUAUCUGUUCUGUGGUGCGGGAAUGGUUUGGAAUGACUGGAUUGACCGCGACAUAGAUGCCAACGUUGCGCGAACCAAGAAUCGCCCUCUGGCAUCUGGCAAGGUUACAACAGCCCAAGCUUUUGUAUGGAUGAUUCUACAGGUUAUUGCAUCGUGUGCGGUUCUCCACGUUAUGCUGGACGGUAAAGACGUUCACAAGCAUGUCAUACCUGUUAUGAUUGCCUCAAUGCUAUACCCAUUCCUCAAGCGGCCUAUUGCUAAGAAACUGCACAUAUACCCGCAAUACGUGCUCGCCUUCACCAUUGCCUGGCCAGCCGUUCCAGGCAGAGCAGCCAUCUGUGGGAGAGAUGAAUCAUUUGGUGAAACUGUGCGGUAUUGCCUUCCUUUAUGCACCGUGGUUUUCUUCUGGACCAUAUAUCUCAAUACGGCAUACAGCUAUCAGGACGUGGUUGAUGAUCGGAAGCUGAAUGUAAAUUCAUUCUACAACAUUGCUGGCCAGCACACUCAUCUAGUGUUGGUUGCGCUAGUUUGCCCAAUUCUUGCCUGCUUGCCUCUAUAUCUCAAUCAAUUCCAGUCCACAUGGCUAUGGGUUACGUGGAUGGGUGUUUGGACGGCAGCUUUUGCGGUGCAACUAGUACUUUUUGACGCCAAACAACCUUCUAGCGGAGGUGCUUUACACAAAAGCAACUUUGUUCUGGGCAUAUGGACAAUAAUUGUGUGCUCUGUUGAACUGCUAUUGAAAGCUAGGACUCUAAUGGACAUAUUUGAACAUGAUGCUCACGCGUCUUCUGCGCGAUAUUGUCAUGUCAUCUGGGCAGCUACCCUGUAG